UUGGGCUUUUUCUUCUCUCUUGUUUCUCUCUCUCUAGCAUGUGGGUUCCAUGCUAAAACAUGAAUCUUUUGUAAGUGUUGAUCUCCGGGCCUGACUGACUAACUUUAUUGAGAUGUGGUUCUGAGCUUCAGACCACUCUUCAGAGGAUGUCUAGUUUACUUCUCUGUUUCAUGUCAGCAUAUCCAUUUUCUAGGGUUCUUUUCUUCUUCUGAUUUCACUCUCAACUACACUUACCUCCCUCAUGUAGGAUUUGUAAGCAUCUUACAUAAACAAAUGGAAUCUGGUGGUAGAUUCUACUCAGUUGAUGAGUUCAAUUUAGACCCUAAAUGGUUGGUUGAUCCUAAACAUCUUUAUGUUGGGCCCAGGAUUGGUGAAGGAGCUCAUGCUAAAGUCUAUGAGGGAAAAUAUAAAAACCAGAUUGUUGCUAUUAAAAUUGUACAUAAAGGAGAAACUACUGAAGAGAUUGCCAAGAGAGAAGAUCGUUUUGCAAGGGAGGUGGCUAUGUUGUCUAGAGUGCAACAUAAGAACUUGGUGAAGUUUAUCGGUGCCUGCAAGGAGCCAGUGAUGGUGAUAGUCACUGAGCUGUUAUCAGGAGGAACUCUGCGCAAGUAUUUGCUUAACAUGCGCCCCAAAUGCUUGGAUACACAUGUGGCCAUUGGUUUUGCACUUGAUAUUUCACGUGCUAUGGAGUGCCUGCAUUCUCAUGGGAUCAUACACCGUGAUCUUAAACCUGAUAAUUUGCUAUUGACCGAAGACCACGGAACAGUCAAGUUAGCAGAUUUUGGUUUGGCAAGAGAAGAGUCUUUAACUGAGAUGAUGACAGCUGAAACGGGAACAUACCGUUGGAUGGCUCCAGAGUUAUACAGUACUGUCACACUGAGGCAGGGGGAGAAGAAGCAUUAUAACCAUAAAGUCGAUGCUUAUAGCUUUGCGAUCGUGUUUUGGGAGCUCUUGCACAACAAAGUUCCUUUUGAAGGCAUGUCAAACCUUCAAGCAGCAUAUGCUGCAGCCUUUAAGAAUGUAAGGCCGAAUGCGGAUCAUCUUCCCGAGGAAUUGGCUGUAAUCCUUACUUCAUGCUGGCAAGAGGACGCAAAUGCCCGACCCAACUUCACACAGAUAAUCCAAAUGCUCCUAAAUUAUCUUUACACUGUUUCGCCUCCUACACCUGCAAUUCCUUCAAGAAUAUUCACUUCUGAGAACACCCUGUUGCCGCCAGAGUCUCCUGGUACGAGCUCCUUAAUGGCGAAACGUGAUGACACGGGUGAUACACCUAGAGUAAAGGACGAAAUCAAGCCUAAUGGUUUCCUUUGCUGUUUCAGUCAGUGUUAUUAACUCGUGAACAGGUCUUUUAAGUACAAAAUGGCAAUUAAAAAAAUUGUAACAUAGAAUCUUGUCUAAAGAGGGAUCCUUUUUUGAUGACUUGGUAAAUGUUCAGAUUAAUAAUAAUACCCUUACAAUUCUAGUAAAAUUUAGUUCUUUA